AUUACUAUCAGCUGACACAAACUGGCAGCUCGCACUUUAUAGGUUGGUGACGCAUACGAGCCGCUCGCCAAUUUUCGCCUAUCAAAUCCAAAUUGAUUGAAUGUUUGUUCUAUUGCUAAACGCAAGGUGCUGUGAAAGUAUGCUUUCUCUUUUUUGAUAAAGUGUAUGGUUAUAGAAAGGAUUUAAUGUGCACUUCCGAGUAAUUUCUUUAGCAGGAAGCUUUAAGAAAGUGUGGAUUGGAUAUUGCUUUUUCUUGUAGAUGAAUGGAAUCCGUCAUGUUGGUGGAUUGAUCCAAAAUUUCUUGCUUAAGGAUGGGUGUAUGGUUGGCUGUAAUAGGAAUGUUUUUACUAAAUGCUGCUUACAUAGCUUCUGAUGAUAGCUACGAAAGAGCUAAGUUGUAUAUGGAAGCAUGCGCAAAACAAGAGCUCUUUGCCUCAGUUCCACCUCUUAAUUUCACUUGUGACAAUAAAAUAGCCGGUGGAUACUAUGCAGAUAUCGACACUGGCUGUCAUAUAUUUCAUUUAUGUGCUCCAAGCAAUCUCCAGACCCUAACAGAUCACCCUUUUUGUUGCCAUCCAGAGCUAGUGUUUGACCAGAGAUUCCUUGUCUGUGAUCGUCCAGAAAAUGUAGACUGUCCGGUCUCUAAUAGAUAUUACAGUGAUCAAUUCGAUGGUCCUGUCAAAGUACAACAGCGUGAAGAAGAGCAGGCUAGGAACCAAAACAGACAGUCAAGAGAAAAUGAAGCUGAAUCAUCAGAAAGUGAAGAGAUUGAAGAAGAUGAUAAAUCAUCGGAAUUCGAUGAAAGCAUCGAAGUUGGCGAUCAGUUGGCUGAUAAUCCUGGAAAAGCAGUGACUCUUCCACCUGCAUUCAGACAAUUGUGAUUAUACUGCUAGUUAGUAAUUUAUUAUUGAUUGCCAAGAAACUUCAUAAGAAUGUAUCUGACAUUAGCCAUGCGCUAAUAUUCUGUUAAUUCUGAAGUCAAAACAAUAAAUACUAAUGAAUUUGAUACAGUUGAAGUUCCUCAAGAACAUUCAGACUCUAUAAGUGUGACAAUGAUUUAUAUCGAAAGUUGCUUUCAAAGUAAAAGUGUUGCUUUUUCAGUGAUGGUUUUUGUAGAUGGUUAAUUAAUAAUGUACCCUUUUAAAUGUGUUUAAUCAUUGCUUUAGUAGCAAAGGCAGAACAUGCAGUUGAAUGUCAAGUUUUAAAUUUUAAAGUAAAUGAUAUUUUUGAAUUAAAGUAAGAUUGCAUUUUCUACGGAAGUAAUUUCAGGAGAAAAGACUUGGACACUUUUCUGGUAAGUAGCAGAUCGUAAAAAUUUCGUAGAAACAGUUUACCAUGGCAUGUCACUGAAUGAAACGCAAAUUGUGUGAGAAUUUUGGUGUACCAAACAUUGAACUUUUACGCUAUGUCUUUGAACUUUGGUAGCUGUUUUUAGAAUAUCUGGCUAUUGACAUUUUGAAAAACAAUGCAAAGUUUUCAGUUGGAUUACCUUCGCAUUGGCUGUACUUUUUAUUUGCAACUAAUUCAACUUCAAAUGAGGUUCUUCUGAUAAAAUUUAUUUAGAAGCAGUUAGAAAGAAAUUAGAACACAAAAUAAUUCAUUGUGACACUUAUUUUGAAUUUAACGAAAUACUACCACUAACUGUUAUUUGAGAUAUACCACUGCUAUGCCAGAUUUCUAUAGGCGUAUACACCUAUCCGUCAGAAAUUUCUGAAAUUUAAAAUUUCUUUUUCUACAAUAAUGCCUUUAGAAGAACCUUUUUAUUUGAGCAGCAAUCAUGCUUUAGGUUUUUGUACCUAAAAUAAUGUUUUUAGAAGAACUUUUUCUUUGAGCAGCAAUCAUGCUUUAGGUUUUUAGACCCUAAAAUAAUGUCAUUAAGGAGAACCUUUUUAUUUGAGCAGCAAUCAUGUUUUUGGUUUUUUUUCAAGAGAGAAAAACAUUGGAAACUAUUUCUGAUCAAAGGGGUCAUUUAUCGAAUUAAUUAAAACCAACUGUUAAAUUAGUAAAAGCAACGAUAUUAAAUGUACCAUUCAAAACUUCAGGAUUUACACUGGUCUUACAGAUUUUUAUUAGUGGUAAUAAAUUUACUUUAACACUUGUAAAAACAUUCUCUUUUAAGGAUAACACUUGAAUAUUUUAAAAUUUGAGAUCUACCUUAGAUUUCUUAUAAAAAUAACAUGUAGUGGUAAUCACAAGUGUAUUAAAAAAUCGAAGUUUGUUUAAUUUUUGUUACCAUUUUUAAAAUUCGCAAGACCAAUAGGAAUUUCUAUUUAAGGAGUUCUAAAAAUAACAUUUGAAAUAAGUAAUGCAUUUUUUAAUGAUUUAUUUUUAAAAUAUUAAUUUAUUGUAGGUGUUGUAAGCGUUAGCAUAUUUGUGUUUAAUUGGGUACAUUUUUAUAAAUAUUAUUUGCCAAAUAAUGUGUUGAACGUUUAGGUGGUUUAUUGCAUUUGUAAUGUGUAUGUGUAGCAUCAAAAUGAAAUUAACAGAAUUAUCAAAUAAACUAUAAAAUGAAAAGUAACCAAACUAAAAAAAUAUAAUGCACAUUCUUUUUAUAUUAAAAUUAGAAAAUAAAAAAUUGGUUGAAUUAACAUGUACAUGUAUAUAGAAAGAAUUUCAAGAUUUUGACUGUUUAAACUAACUAAAAUCAGGUGCCCAUUUUCGUCAAUAAUUUGUUUGUGUAUGCUUUUUAUUAACUGAAUAUUAACUAUUAACUGAAUUUAUAAUUAAUUGAUCUAUCGUUAGCUGAAAACCUGCUAUUAAUUGAACUGUUUAUUAUUGACUUCCAUGUAAGAAGACACUAUUCCAGGAAAUAAAACCUUCAUAGCAAAUUUUCUUUUACCCACGAAAGUAAUUUAAGGUAGAGAAGCAAUAAAUUCAUGCAAACCCUUAAUAAACCAUGAAGUUUCAAAUGCUAAAAAAAUGUUUUAAAAAUAUCAAAAUACAAACAAAUUACCGAAUUACUUCUCCACUGCGCAAUCCUUAGUUAUCCUGUCUUAACUUUUUUUGUGAAAACUGAGUUCUGUGCGCAAAGUGAGUUCAGAUGAAACUAGAGAAAACCAUGAAGUUUGCAAACGUUGAGAAAAUGUUUUUAAAAUAUCUUCUCUGCGCAAUCUUGAGUUAUCCUGCCAUUAUUCGUUUGCAUUAUAAUAUUUAGAAAAUACAUUUCAGCAUUUGAAACUUUAUGGUUUACUUUAGGUUUUUAUGAAUUCAUAUUUUCUAAACUUUAAAAUACCAAUGACAGUAAUAGGUGAAACAGAAUUUGUCAUUAAAGGUUUCUUCCGCAGUAUAGCGUUCUCUCAACCUUUAUGUCAUACCUGCCAACUAGCACAGUUGAUGAGUAAAGUAUUUCAUAUUAGUAACAGCAUUUCUGCUUUAAAAUAUAAAUCUCGGUUUUUAAAGUUUCAAAAAGAAUUGCCUUUCUCUCUAUGGCAAAUGAUUAAUUUAAAUUUAUGUUGAAAUUAUUUGAUUGGUAGAUAUGCUUGAUAGUGUUAGUUUAAAAUAUUUUCCUAUUUUAAUUAUUAUUUUACUACCUCUCUGCGAAAUUCUUCCUAAUAACCAUUUAAGUUGGCAGCAAUGAAAUAUACUUAAAAAAAAGAAAAAAGUUCAAUAAUAGAGUUAUGUUAACAUUUUAAAAAAAUACUUCUACAAUGAAAUAUUUCUAAUUAAUUUAAAUUGAUUUUCUAUUUUUCCAAUAGUAUAUUUUUGGAUAGUUUCAUUUUGAGAAAACGAUUUUUUGCAUGCAAAACACAUCAAAAUCAAUUUUGACUAUUAAAAACUUCAACUUCACUUCAAUGUACUUAAAAAGUUAUUACAGCUCAAUAAGAGAGUUUAAGUGUUAAGCCAUUGUGGUCUUUCUAUGUCUGUGCCAAACGUAUGCAUAUAGUUCACACCAUUUCAAUGUAAAAAUUAUUAAACAGUUUCUGUUUAUUUUCACUUCCGAAUGUUGAAGUUUUGUUUAAUGUUACAAAGCACUUUUGGUGAUCAGAUUAGUAUGUGUUGCUUAAUAAUUCUGAAAUUAUUCUAAAACAAGUGUUACGUAUAAAUGUUUUUUUUUUUCAACAUGUUUGUUAUUUCAUUUUAGUUUAGCUCUAACUAUUUUGUGACUUGAUGUUAUUUUGCUUAUUAAAAUAUACUUUGAAACAUU